UUUUGUUAGAACUUGAUAGAUUAUGAUGAUAUUUAUAGUGCUAGUGUUGAUUAUUGGUGCAAGUUUUGCUGAAGAUGUUAGCAAUAAGAAAUUUCCAUCUGAUUUUCUUUUCGGAGUUGCAACUGCUGCCUUUCAAAUUGAAGGCGCUUGGAAUGAGGAUGGAAAAUCGCCAAGUAUCUGGGAUGCCGCAAUACACGCCAACUCUAGCAUUAUCGCCAAUAGUGACAACGCAGAUAUUACUUGCGAUUCUUACCACAAGGUCAAGGAAGAUAUAGCCAUCCUUAAAGAACUGGGAGUGUCGCAUUAUAGGUUUUCUCUGGCUUGGACUAGAAUAUUGCCCGAUGGCAUUGGCAAAAUUAACGAUGCUGGUGUAGCAUAUUACAAACAUCUUAUUAAGGAACUAAAAGCAAACAAUAUUGAACCUUUCGUAACGCUUUACCACUGGGACCUUCCAGAUACACUUCAACAACCAGAAAAAGCCGGAUUUUUAAAUAUAAGUGUCGUUCAAUGGUUUGAAGAGUAUGCAAAAGUAUGUUUCUCGCUCUUUGGAGAUGACGUGAAGUACUGGGCAACCUUUAACGAGCCCAUUGCUGUUUGCAAUGGAGGUUAUGCUUCUGGAUUGGUUCCACCACUCAUCCGAUCAGAAGGAAUCAAGGAGUACGUUUGUGUGUAUAAUUUAUUAUUAGCUCAUGCCAGAGCAUGGCAUGUAUACGAUAAAGAAUUUAGACAGAAACAAAGAGGUAAAAUAUCCAUAGUAUUAAAUACUCAUUCAUUUUUACCUGCAACAAAUAGCGAAGCAGAUACUGUUGCAGCUGAAACUAAGUUCCAAUUUAUGCUUGGUCUAUACGCCAAUCCUAUCUUCGUUGGGGACUUUCCAGAUAUAGUUAAAAAAAGAAUUGCUGUCCGUAGCACUGCAGAAGGCAGGAAAGCAUCCCGUCUACCAUCAUUUUCUAAAGAAGAAGUUGAAUAUAUUAAAGGAACUCACGAUUAUUUUGGUUUGAAUGUCUACAGCGCUUAUCUAGUCAAUAGUAUUCCAGAUCCACCGGUCACAGAUCCGCCAACAAACUGGGGUGAUGCUGGUGUAAAUAUAUUCCAGCCAACUGACUGGGAAUCUACAUCUUCUGAUCAUACAAAGGUUGUUCCAUGGACAAUAAGACCGUUACUAAAUUGGCUUAAGGACCAUUACAACAACCCAGGAAUUUUCAUAACUGAAAAUGGAUACCCAAGCCAUGAUGGAAGCAAAGAUGACCGGAGAAUAUAUUACAUCAAGGGCUACUUAAGUCAUAUCCGAGACACUAUGGACCAAGAUAAUAUAACAGUGCUUGGAUAUACCGUUUGGACACUAAUGGACAAUUUUGAAUGGACUGCAGGUUAUACGCAAAAGUUUGGACUAUAUGAAGUGGAUUUCAACGAACCCAAUAGAACAAGAACUGCUAGACCAUCUGUGGAUUUUUACAAGAAAACUAUUAAAACCCGAUGCCUUGUAAAUCAAUGUAUUGACUAAAUGUAACAAAAACUAAUAAAUAUAUAUUUAACA